UUAUAACGGUUAAAUAUAUAUUAAGCUCUAGGGGGAAAUCAAAACAUAAACAUACAGGAGCUCCGGUGAAACGAAAAUUGCUAGAUUACAUUGAAAAUAAAAGAAACACACCUAAACAACAAAUCUAAAGGGAACUAGAAGAUAUGUGGGGAAGAAGACGAAGGAGGGCCACAAGCGACAGACACCGACGACUAGUGUAUCAUGGUAUCCGAGACGUCACCAGCUCCUCUUCCACACCGGUCAAGCAGCAACCACACCAGAAAGGAAUCGUCACCGGAAGAAUCACAUCUCCAUGGAUAGAUCCUCUGCGAACGAGCACCUCUCAACAAUCGAAACAAACUUUAGGGAUCGUGAUGACUGACUUGCGGAAUCGGCUGUCGGCUCCACCGUCCUCAAGCAGAGCUUCCGCCUACAACUAACGAGCCACCAUAACUCCCAAAGUUUUCCUAGAAAUCCGCCGCACAACGUAAACGAAUCAGAAGAACAUAAGAGAAGAACCACUACCAAAACGAAACCGGAAUAGAGGCGGCGUUGCUUUGAACCAUUUGGACUGGACAACUGAGACAAAAAGGACAGAGUAAAUAGAAGUUAUGUCUGAUAUAUAUCAUUGAAGAGAUGAACAAUAACUUAUAAAUAUAAAAAGAAGAAAUGUCUCGGUUACAACGAUUCAGGGAGAUUUUAUGAGAAUAAUAUAAUAUAUUAAGUGGUCAGACACAAAUAUAUUUCG